AUGGUGAGUUUGAGUGGAGACAGAUUGGGACGUCUUACGUUUAUCACGUUACAAACUGUGCAAGAAAACAAAGACAAACAUUUUGUGUAUAAUUCAAAUAUUGGAAUUCAUCUUAAAAUCAAUAAAACCAAGUGUUUGAAAAUUUCCUAUCGUAUUAACAAAUUUCAUAUUAGGAAAGAAAACUGCGAUGCUAAUGAAUAUUAA